UUCUAUUACCAUGGUAGCAUUAAAUACAGUGUAAUAUUCAUUCAGUGAUUUUAGCUAACUGAGUGUUAUUUGUCUUUCCAUUGUUGCCUCGAUGAUUGGUCAAAGCCUUCGCCUUCGGACAGCCUUUGGAUAGCCUUCUGACAGCCUUUGGACAGCGUUUGGACACCUCACGACACCUCACCUCAAUUUAACACACUUCAUCUCAUCUUACACACUACACACAUUUUUCUACAAAAAUCAUCUCUCUCUCUCUCCCUCUCUUUUGUGUUUAUUCCAGGAUGACUCGCAAAGGGAGAAGGUCUGAGGCCCAGAAGCGGCGCUGGAGGAAGCCUGAUGCGUCCGAGAUGCCCACCCCACUUCCGCCCAUGGACGCACCCUCCUGCUCCCGCUCUCCACGGAACAAAACGGUUGGAUCCACCCUGCUGGCCGGACCGUUCUGGAGGGUGGAUGAAGUGCGUGCUAGCUUUCAUGCACGCCGCGGUACUGGUUACCGCCACAGGGUCCUUCAAUGGCCAACUUCACCCUUCACUGGGUGUGGCCACAAGUUGGUCAUUCCACCUGAGGUCCCUGGCAAGAAGUUUGUUCUGAUUGUCGGGGACUCCCAUCUACGUGCUCUUGUAGAUGGUUUUAUCGGGAUGCCAGAGUCUCAGCUAAGCUUUGGCUUCCUGUCGAUCCCGGGCGCGUCUGCUUCGGAGAUCCGCACCGAGGUUCUGCAUGCUGCAGUUCCUCGUGCUCCUGACGCCGUCGCCGUCAUGGCCCCCAGUAACAACCUCACCAGCACCACUGUCGAUGUGGCCGGAGUGGACUUUGCCAACCUUCUCGCUACUUGUGGCAACCGCUGGUCGAAGGUUUUUGCCGUUGAUUUUCCGCCCCGCCUGGUUGUUGAUGCCCAACACCAGGACCUGCUGAGGCAGGAAUAUCGACGUGUGGCUGCUCGUAUGGGUGUGAAGUACUUCAGUGCUGUGGAGAACUUCCCCCUGAGCAAUUUGGUGCUGUGGAGCAAGGACGGUGUCCAUCUGAGUGAUCGAGAGGGGAUGGGGAUCCUCGUCCAGUUGCUCUGGUCUGCUGCCAUUGAGCAACUGGAGACACCACCUCCUACACCCCGGGUCUCUCCCAGGCCGUCACCUCCAGUUAGGAAAGUCACUCCUAAACUGGUUGUGAGGGAGAGUUUCCGUGCUCCACCCAGCCCUGAACCCCGUGAGUGGAGGACCAUCGGUCAGGGCGGCAAGACGAGCCAUCCUCGGGAACCUCCCCAGUCCAGAGGUUCAGCCCAGCCCAGGAUGGCUCACCAGCAGGAGGAGGAGAGCUUUCUUCCACUGAACCCCAUCUAUUUCAGUGGCACAGCCCUAAGUGCCAUGGAGAAAGUCUCUCCUUCUCACCUGUCUUGCCUGGCGGACUUUAAGCCUUCUCCAAAACCAAAGAAGGUGGCGUCGUCUACUGUUAAAUGUCGGUCCCGCCAGCGUGACAGAACCCCUCCCUGCCCCCGUUCUCCAGUGAACGAGAUGGCUGGAACGCCUCCAUCCUCGCGUUCCUGGAGAUUGGAGGACGACGCCCCUUUAGACCCUGCUUCCUCAGCUCAGGCGGUGGCUGCUCCGGCAGCGGUAAGACGGCCCAGGACCCUGGACGGGCACCCCCCCCGCUUCCCAACUGCAGUGUACAAUCUGGUUGACUCACCCCCAGCCAGAUUGUCCUGCAGUUUGGGUGAGACAGACACCCCCGUCUGUUCUCCAAUUGCAAAGACUGCCAAGGUUCUGACCCCCUUGCCAGAUGGACCGGCCUGGACCAUCACGGGUGCAGAGUGCGAUCCUCCUUCGCCUGAGAAGGAUAAAACCAGGAGCAAGACUCAGCGUGUGGAGUCAAUCCAGGCCAGUCACUGUCAGGAUGACGAUAAGUAUGACGUAUUCUCGCGUAACCAUCAGUGCAGCUGUAACGCACUGACAUUUUUGGCAUUCCACGCUGAGGGCUGUCAUUUAACCAGGACUGUACUCGAUAGAGUCCUGGAACUGGGAGACUCGUUGUAUACUAAAACCAAAUGGAAGCUGAUUCAUGAGAAGACCUUCCAGAGCAAUCACCUCACAGUCGAGGAGAUGCCAGGUGAAGUCUUCACAGACAGAUGUUCAUACAAUGUCAGUAAGAGUGACAUCUUUUGUGGCUGUGUGAAAGCAUCCAGCCCUGGAGGACUGCAGUUGGGGUUGCCGCUUGUCACCCAGCUGGAGUGUCUGACAGCAGAGGUCAGCCAUGCUUUAAUCCUCGUCGCUCCGGAGGUUAUUGCCGUUUUCCGCGACAAGUCCGGGAGGUAUGGAGUGUUCGAUUCCCACUCUAGAGACCAAAGAGGCUUACCGUCUUAUCAUGGCAAAGCGAUUGUCAUGACUUUCAGGGAACUCGGUGACCUGGCUGACCACCUCCACACACUCUUUAGAGAUCGUGGAGACUCUGCUACUUACGAGUUUGUCCCUGUUUCCUUUCACACUGACAGCCCCAGUGACCAUCCUCAUCAGUCUGCGGGAACUGAAGUCCUUGAUGACAUGUGUGAAACUGCUCUCCCUGUAUUGCAGACACACAGUGGGACAGCUGUAUCAGGUAAGAUUGAGGACGACCUCAGAAGUUCAUCAGCUGUCCCACAAGCAUCAGUAAAGCUCUCCAAAAUGAGCAAGGACCGGAGGAAAAAAGCCAUGAGGAGAGCACGUUGGCAACAGGCGCCAGCAGUAGACAAAGCGGUGUCUCAUGGACUCAGAUGGACCAAAAAAAGUCAAAAAGAAAGGAUGAGGUAUGCCAGCUGUGCCGAAUUUCGUCAGAAGAAAAUUCAGGCACAGAAAAUUCACUUUGUGGAAGACGGCCAUCGUGAACAACGGCUGUCAUCAUUUCGAAGUUAUUACGCAAAAUUUAAAAUGCAAAUAAGAGAACGGUGUGUAAAGCGAUAUCAUACAGAUCUUGCAUUUCAGGGCAGGAAAAAAAAGUACCUUGUCCAGAGGUACCAUUGUGAUCCUUCUUUUCGGACCCAACAAAAAAAGUACCUUGUCCAGAGGUACCGUUGCGAUCCUUCUUUUCGGGCCCAACAAAAAAAGUACCUUGUCCAGAGGUACCGUUGCGAUCCUUCUUUUCGGACCCAACGACAAAAGUACCUUGUCCAGAGGUACCGUUGCGAUCCUUCUUUGCGGACCCAACGACAAAAGUACCUUGUCCAGAGGUACCGUUGUGAUCCUUCUUUUCGGACCCAACAAAAAAGGUACCUUGUCCAGAGGUACAAGACGGAUCCUGAGUUUAGGCUACAUCACAUCCAACGCUGUAGCCAACUCAGAAGACGCAAGUUGGCCACCGACGCUGGCUUUCAACUGCGUAUGAAAUGGCAGAGAGCACUGAGCAUCAAGAGGAAAUACCGACAUCUCGGAACCCCUCACCAGCCAGUGCUCAAUUCUCAGAUGUCGGCAGCAAUAGCAGCAUUUCGUGCCACCGUCAGUCACGGACCCACAUAUGUCUGCACAGUCUGCCACAGGACAAUGUUUCCGAAUCAAGUCAAGCGAUGUAAGAGAGAGAAAUACUCCGCCAAUGUUAAAGUGGCAGAAGCAUGCUUGACCGGAAGCUAUGUUCACAUUUGUGACGCCGAGUGUUCCCUUCCUUGCUCUUUUCCGCCAGAGAGACUGCAGGAGUGGAUCUGCCACAAUUGUGACAGCCACCUCAGCAGAGGGAGGAUCUCGACGCAUGCAGUAGCAAACAAUUUGGAGUUGGCACCCAUUCCCGCGGAGUUGACCAAACUCAAUGUGCUGGAAAGACAGCUCAUUGCGAAAAUCCUUCCGUUUGCGAAAAUAAUCGCCUUGCCGAAAGGCCAACAGAGAGCUGUCCACGGAGCUGUCGUGUGCGUUCCGUCAGAAGUGGAAAACAUCGUCAAUAGUCUUCCACGUCCCCAGAGUGAAGCACAGCUACUGCAGGUGAAGUUGAAGCGUCACAUUCGUUUCAAAGGCUACCAGCACUUUUACACUGUCAGCAUGAAGAAUGUGCUGGCAGCCCUGGAAAAACUCAGAGAGCAACACUCUGAGUACGCAGACGUGACCAUCAAUGAGGAGGCCACGUUCGAAACCUUUCUCCAUGAGCCGGACGAGGACCGAGACUUGCAGCAUGACCGCGCAGAUGCUGCACAGUGGGGAGAGGACAGCAUGCUUGAUGAGGAGCUGCUGCAAGCGUCAGACGCACAACGGAGUCGGCAGCCUGACCGAGGUGACCGACAAGGGGAGGAGCCGAGACCCGGUGUUGCUCCGGACACCGAUGCGCCGUCGCCAGACAUUGUGCAGAAAAUCCUGUCAGAGGAUAUCGUGGGGGAAACUGUCUUCGACGACCAAGACUCGCAGCAUGACGGCUCAGAUGCUGCAGAGUGGGGAGAGGACAUACUCGAUGAGGUGCUGUUACAAGUGUCUGACAGCUACACUGACCUAGACCAGGGCAAUUUAGCUGCAGACACAAUCGCGGAACAGCAGGAGGAGCUAAGACCCGGUCUUGCUCUGGACACCUGCAUGCAGCCACCGGAUAUAUCACAAGAAAUUCUUUCUUAUGGCGACGGCAUAUUCAGUGUUGCCCCCGCCCAAGGCAACAAACCAGUGGGAUUCUUUGCGAUCCCCAAACUGGAAGCAAUGGCAUUUCCCAUCCAGUUUCCUACAGGGGAGAACACGCUGGAUGAAGACAGGCCCGUCAAACUGUCUCCCAGCAGGUACUUCAAUGCCAGGCUCUUUGGGGCAGAUAUGCGCUUUGCCGAAGACCAGAGCUAUCUUUUCUUUGCGCAGUUUGUGACUGAGACGCACAUCGCGAGAGGCAGCAUGUCCAUUCAGAUGCGUAAAGGAAAGAAGCUCACUAAAGAUGGGAGUGUCAUCAAAAACUCCAUGCUCCAGGACAAAGAGGAGGUGGAGAGAUUAAUUCAGGCAAAAGAGGCCACACGGUUCAUGCAGCCUCUCAGAGGCACGCCUGCGUAUUGGCACAAAAGCCUGAAAGAUCUACACGCGAUGCUCAGGCAAAUGGGCAAACCCACGUUCUUUUUGACCUUCUCGGCGGCUGAGAUGAGAUGGCCUGAAGUCAUUCAGGUCAUCAAAGCUCAGCAAGGUCAGACACUUGGAGACUUUUCAGAGCUGGACUGGAAAGCCAAGUGUGACAUUCUGCGCAGCAACCCCGUCACGGUGAUGCGCAUGUUUGAAAAGCGGGUGGACUCUCUGAUGUCGGAACUAAUCCUCUCAACGGCACAGCCGAUAGGCGAGGUAGAGGAUUUCUUUUAUCGUGUGGAGUUUCAGGCCAGAGGAAGCCCACACAUACACAUGCUGGUCUGGGUUAAAAAUGCACCCGUCUACGGUGAGGACAUCGAUGAGAAGGUGUGCAAGUUCAUCGACCGUUACAUUUCCUGUCAGAUGCCUGACCCUGAGACGGACCCGGAGCUCCACAAAAUUGUCUCAGAGGUUCAGGUGCACAGCAGGAACCACUCCUCAUCCUGCAGGAAGGGAAAUGUGUCGUGUCGCUUUGGCUUCCCCAAGUUGCCGAUGGACGUCACAUGGAUCACCGAGCCGUGCGCUGUGGAUUUGCCAAGCGACGGCAUGGAAGAAGGUCAAGAUCAGGAAGGGCAGAGAAAGGUAUGGAAAGCGAUGAUCCAAAGGCAGCAAAAGGAGGCCAAGGAUAAGCUUCAGGUAAUCAGGCGUGUCCUCAUGGAUCCGAACGCCUCGUUCGAAAGCUUGUCAGAUCUCCUCCGCCAUUGCGACUUGGAGCACGAGGCAUACAUGAAACUUGCCCAAAACCUGACAAGCGGUAGUGUAAUCCAGCUGAAGCGACAUCCAAAGGAUUGUUGGGUCAACGCGUACAACCCAGACCUGCUCCGCGCUUGGAACGCCAACAUGGACAUCCAGUACGUCCUCGAUGAGUACUGUUGUGCCAUGUACAUGAUGUCCUACAUCAGCAAGCCGGAGCACGAGAUGACAGAGCUCCUGAAUAAUGUCAUCAUGACCACCAGAGAGUCCGACAUUAACCAGCGCGAUGAGAUGAAGACCAUCAUGCAGGCGUACGCGAAGCACAGGGAGGUUAGUGCCCAAGAGGCGGUGGCUCGCACGUGCAGUCUACCGCUGAAAAAGUGCUCGCGGUCAGUCAUCUUUCUUUCCACUGAUGAAGAGGGCCUGAAGAUGAGUCUUCCCAUGAAUCGACUCAUGGAUUUGGCACCAGAGUCUGAGGAGGUCUGGAUGUUGGGGGUGCCUGACAAGUACCUCUACAGACCGCAGACUCGUGAAUUUGAAGUCAUGUGUCUGGCCGAGUUUGCGUCGGACUACAGGGUAGUCUACGGCCAGCAAGCACAGCGUGAAAGUGCCAUACCCCUUCUUGAUGACAAAGGCUUCAUCACAAAGAGGACGAUGGGAAAACCAGCAGUCAUCCGAUUCGCCCGCUUCUCUGAAACCAAGGUGCCAGAGAAGCACUUCAGACGACUGCUGAAGCUGUACCUCCCUCACAGAUCCGACUACGAACUGAAGGACGAGGGUCACCCCACGUACGAACAGUUCUACAAACGUGGUCGGUGGCGGGGAAACGCCGUCAGACGUAUCGUGGACCAUAACAUGGAGCGAUACGAAGGAAAAGGCGCAAAUAUGGACAAGGCACUCCAGAGCGCUCAGAGUGGUGCUGUCCUCAACGCGUGGAACGCCUUCGCGCCUGAGGUUGAGGUGGACCGGGACGAGUGUCUUAAUCUGCGAGAAAUCAUCCCAGAGGAGCAUGAAGAAGACGCUGUCCCCGACUACGAAGUCCUGGAUGUUGGGGAACCGGUUCCCAGAAUCGAGGCGCCUCGGCUGAGUCCGGACUUUGUCCGCAAGAUGUUUCAGAGUCUGAAUGAGACCCAGGCGUGCAUCUUCUACAGCGUUCGGCAAUGGUGCCUUCGACGCGUGUGGGGCCACGAUCCAGAACCGUUUCACUACUUUGUCUCGGGUGGAGCUGGUUGUGGCAAGUCCCACGUUAUCAAGUGCAUUCAUGAGGAGGCAACAAGGAUUCUUCGAGAGCUCCCGAGAUUCCGUGACAUGGCCGACAUGUCCCAGCCCGCUGUGCUGCUGACCGCGUUCACAGGCACGGCAGCUUUCAACAUCGCUGGAAAAACGUUGCACUCAGUCCUCAAGCUCCCGAGGUCCCUGGAGCCGCCGUACCAGGGCCUGGGCAAUGCACUUGAUGAAGUCAGAGCGACCUUAUCUUCCGUCGAAAUUCUGGUCAUCGACGAGAUCUCCAUGGUUUCCAAGAAGCUGUUUGCCUACGUCAACUGGCGAUUUCAGCAGAUCAAGGGAAACCGGAAACCAUUCGGUGGCAUUUCUGUCCUCGCCGUUGGCGACUUUUACCAGCUUCCACCGCUGGGUAGAGCCAAGCCGCUCUGCGUUUACGAGGAGACGGAGUUUGAUCUCUGGAGAGAUCACUUCAGCAUGGUCAACCUGACGGAGAUCAUGCGCCAGAAGGACGACCGAGCUUUCGCUGAACUCCUCAACCGACUGCGAGUCAAGCGCAAGCAAGAGACUCUGAGUGACCAUGACAGACGGUUGCUCAUGCAGGCAGUCACCGAUGGCAAGGAUUGUCCAGCAGAAACGCUGCACAUCUUUGCCACUAACAAACAGGUGGACAGUCACAAUGCGGCGACCGUAGCCGCUGUGCUCGAAGAUGAUGUCGACAUUGUAGCAGAAGACUACAGGAAAGACGUCACGACGGGCACGAAGGUGCCUGUGCACAAGGUCAAGGGCACCAAAAGAGAUUUGCCUGACAGCAUACUGGCUGCUCAAGGAGCACGCGUUAUGCUGAUCAGGAAUCUCAACGUGGAGGAUGGUCUCGUCAACGGAACCUUCGGAACCAUCUCCAAUAUUGUGACUGAGAGACAUGAACCAAGAACUGUUAGGCUUCUUGGUCUGCAGCUGGACAACCCCACGGCAGGACAGACUCUUCGGAAGAAGCUUCUUGGCCCCUCGGACAACUUGGCAUACAUCGAGAGAUCCGAGGAGAGCAUUGGGAACAAGGGCGGAGUUGUGAGACGUCAGUUCCCCAUCAAGCUGGCCUUUGCGUGUACGGCUCACAAAGUUCAGGGAAUGACAGUGACGUCGGCUGUCGUGAGCCUGAAACGUGUCUUUCAACCGGGAAUGGCGUACGUGGCACUCAGCCGCGCCACAUCGCUUCAAGGUCUCACGGUCAUGGACUUUGACGAGAAGAAGAUCUACGCCGACCCGGCAAUCACAGCCGCUCUGGAACAGAUGCGCAGUGUGAGUUUCCAGAGCACCACUCCGCUGCUGCAUCACAUGAAGUCGACUGAGCGAACGGAGACCACUGUGACAAUCGUCCACCACAACACACAGGGGCUUCCAUCUCACAUGGUGGACCUGAGGGUGCAUCACGAACUCAGGUUGGCAGAUGUGUUGUGUCUCACCGAGACGCAUCUGCCAGGGUCCCCUGUAUCGGAGUCCUUCUUUCUGGAGGGACACAACAUUUUUGAACGCAGUAGACGGGCGUCUUACACCGCAUGUCCGGACAUGGCGGCAAAAGCCGGUGGUGGAGUUGCUGUGUACUGCAAGAGCACUCUGACGGCAGAGUCUCCGAGGUGCACGCAACAUGUCACAGACCUCGAAUGUCUCGUUACUAAAAUUGACGCACCAGUCAAAGUGCUAAUAGCCACUGUGUAUAGACCCCCAGAUUUCGGUUUGCAAAAGUUUUUGCCAAACCUCAACACCCUCUUGGACACAUUAGAACUCAUGGAUCACCAGCCCAUCAUUGUUUGUGGUGAUUUCAAUGAAGACCUCCUUUCCAAAGGCAAAAAAAGCAUCAGAGAUGCACUCCUGUCCAGAGGCUACACACAAUUGAUCACAGAGUCUACUACAGACAAGAACACCCUGAUUGAUCACAUUUACAUUUCCCAACCUGCUAAAUGUGUUCAGUCAGGUGUUCUCCAAACAUAUUAUAGCUAUCACAGUCCCAUCUAUUGCAUUUUGACUGGCUAAAACUCUCUUUUUUUCAACCGCGUUUAUCAAUGCCAUCACGUUUAUUGACCGUUUUAAAAUAUCUAAGGAGACUCAGCAUUUUGCGCUCGUCACACGGUUCCAGUGUCAUGUCAUGUGUUUUCAUGUGACAUGUUUCUCGCGUCGUCUUGUGGCACAUUUCGUGUCACACGAUUCCAGUGUCAUGUCACGUGUUUUCAUGUGACAUGUUUCCCGCGUCGUCUUGUGGCACAUUUCCUGUCACACGGUUCCAGUGUCAUGUCGUGUGUUUUCAUGUGACAUGCUUCCCG